GACCCUAGGACGCCCUGCAUUCUCUUUGCUUGUAUUCUUGUCCGUCCUGACCCACCAUAGCUCUACCGACCCUCAUCGAGGCAUCUAAGGAGAAAAUGACCAUACUUGGGGUCCCAGUCCUAGGAUUUGUCAUCACCAUCUUGAACCUUCAGAAAUCAUGGGCUAUCAUAGAGAAUCACGUGAUCAUCCAGGCUGAGUUCUAUCUGAGCCCUGACAAAACUGGCGAGUUUAUGUUUGACUUUGACGGUGAUGAGAUUUUCCACGUGGAUAUGGAAAAGAGGGAGACGGUCUGGCGGCUUGAAGAAUUUGGACAUUUUGCCAGCUUUGAGGCUCAGGGUGCAUUGGCCAACAUAGCUGUGGACAAAGCCAACCUGGAAAUCAUGAUCAAGCGCUCCAACAACACCCCGAACACCAAUGUACCUCCAGAAGUGACUGUGCUCUCAGACAAGCCUGUUGAACUGGGAGAGCCCAACAUCCUCAUCUGUUUCAUCGACAAGUUCUCCCCGCCAGUGGUCAAUGUCACCUGGCUUCGAAAUGGCUCCCCUGUCACCAGAGGAGUGUCAGAGACAGUCUUCCUGCCCCGGGAGGACCACCUUUUCCGCAAGUUCCACUAUCUCCCCUUCAUGCCCUCAACCGAGGAUGUCUAUGACUGCCAGGUGGAGCACUGGGGUUUGGACAAGCCUCUUCUCAAGCACUGGGAGUUUGAAGCUCAAACCCCCCUCCCAGAGACUACAGAGAACACCGUGUGUGCUCUGGGCCUGAUUGUGGCUCUGGUGGGCAUCAUCGUCGGGACCGUCCUCAUCAUCAAGGGUGUGCGCAAAGGCAACGCCACUGAACGCCGAGGGCCUCUGUGAGGUGCUUGCAGGGAAUGGACUUUGUUAAAGAUCAAUGAAGAUAUUUCCUCUUGAACAGCUUUACAAACCCAGCGAUACUCCAGCUGUUCACCUCCGUGAAGACAACUCUCCUUCAGCACUUUCCAGCCCUGAAGCCACUCUAAGUGUUGAUGCCUUCUUUAAUCUUCAAAUUCUAACAUCUGGUUAUUCCCUGUUUGUUACCCCUUCUUGUGCUGGCUUCCCCUCCAUUUCCACGGCCUUUUUAUUAUCACCGUGUAAUGCCUUUGGAAGAGAUCCCAUAGGAUCCUUUCUCUGCUAUGAAACCUUUCGAAUGUUCUAUGGAGGCAUCUACUGUAUACUUAUUACUUGGAGUUUCUUCUGUGAUUUUUCUGAAUACAAUAAACUUUGAGUGGGCCUUAGGUGGA